GUUGUAAUCUGACACCCGUACCUUACGCCCCUCCCCCUUUCGCUACGUCGCUCCGUUACGCAGCGACGUCAGGAUAUGACGCUGCGGCGGUGCCGCUUGUGACUUGCGAAAUGGAGAUAGGAGCUGUCCGUGAAAACAAGCCUCUGUGUUUGAGGAUUUCGUUCCCCAGAAAUUUAGAAAUAUCGACGGGCAGGAAAACAAGCGACAGCAGCCGGCUGGAUACCGCCGCAGCAGCCGACACAGACCUCAUGAAAUGCAGCACUCGAUAGGAUGAUCAGGAACCAAGAAGAAGAUGAGUUUGUUGCGGUGCGGGUCCAAGAUCCCCGCGUUCAGAACGAAGGCUCCUGGAAUUCAUACGUAGAUUUUAAGAUAUUCUUACAUACCAACAGUAAAGCCUUCACAGCCAAGACUUCCUGUGUGCGACGGCGCUACAGCGAGUUCGUCUGGCUCAGAAAGAAGCUGCAGAAGAAUGCAGGUUUGGUACCCGUUCCAGACCUUCCAGGAAAAUCCCUCUUCUCCUUCAGCAACGAGGACUUCCUGGAGAGGAGGAGGAAAGGACUUCAGGUCUUCUUGGACAAGGUGGUGCACACGACAGUAUGCCUCUCGGACAGCCAGCUCCACCUCUUCCUGCAGACCCAGCUGCCGGUCGGCCACAUCCAGGACUGCGUUCAGGGCCACACUCCCUACACUGUGAUGGAUGCUAUCCUCACCUACGCCUCGUCCAAUCGGGGGCUGGCUCAGGCGCAGGAGGAGGAUUCCAUCAAGGAGCCGAGUUUGACCGUUUCCUAUGAGUCCAUGGAAAGCCCAGCCCCUCAUCAGCCUUCCCUACAAACUAAUGAGACCUUCAGCCCUCAGCUGUUGUCAUGUGGAGAUGCCGACCCCCUAGACGGUUUAACGGAGCUCCGUGAUCAGGAUUCAGCUGAAGUUCUGCACAAGGAGCACUCCUCAAUAAGGAUCUCUCAGAAAAGCAACCAUCUAGAGGCCGUCGUCGAACACUGUCCACCAUCAGAGGCAACGUUUUAUCUCGGGGAGAGUCGGGAGGACACGGAGAGUCCCAGCUCUGGAGAACAGAUCCACCAGAGGAGCUGCCAGAUCCAGACGCCGGUGGUGGUGCACUCGCCCAUUGGGGCCGGCUUUGACUGCGGGGUGGAGGAGGAGGAGGAGGAGCGUGUCAUGACUGUUGCUUGUCCCGACGCCCAAGAAAAUAGAGAAACAGUCAAUUGUGAACCUGAAAAAUGUGUGAAUUCUGUAGUGGUUUUAGAUUUUAAGGACAAUAACUCCGAGGAGCGAGUUGUAGAAAGCAGCGUCCAGGAGGAGGAAGUUCUGGUCUGCUCUGAGACACAGGUUUUAGGAAAUCACGUCAUCUCUGAGGUUAACGACGGACAAAUAGUGCCAGACAACAAAACAAGUGAAGAAUCAGGCGAGGUGAUGCCACUUCAGUCAGAAAUCCAUGACGGUGCCCACAAUGUGAAUGAAGUACCAGAGGUGGGAUGGGGUGGCGAUGAAGAUAAGCAGAAGCUGGAUUUGGUCGGGACCAAAGACGAGAGCGACGAUGACAGCCACUCACUGCCAUCUUCCAAUGAGAGCAUUGUUAAGGUCAGCGAUGAGGAAAGCGUUCACGACGACACUGAAUACUCGAUCCAGGCUGCAAAUGGCUUCAUGGAGACGUCUCCUGAGGAUGUGUCUUGCUGGUCGGCGGUGGAGGCCUCCAGCAAGAACAUUUUAGACCUCCAGAUGAAUGGAUGUCCUGUGGAGAACGUGGACAUUCCUGCACAGGAGGAAGAGCAGCUGCAGUACGUGACCAACAUCAGCGGCCUGAGUAAAUCUCUGGACUGUAACUCGACUGUCACUGAUGGAGAGUUGACUGAAAACAGUGAUAUCAGCAUCUUGGAAACCAGCUGUGUGCCUGGAUUACCGGAUAGUAAAUUCACAGAGCAGGAAGCCCUGUCCUCGCUGUCUUUGGACGCCUCAGAGGAGACUCAGGAGGUGGAGGUGUGUUAGUUAAACAGCUUGAACACCACCUAACGCCCUCAGAAGGGCUGCUGCACCCUCACCGAAACAACAAUGAGUCGUGAGAAUUGUCCUCUGCCAAAGACACAUUCAGUCACAUGCAUACAGACAAACUGGAGGUUGUGUUGCGUUGUAAAAACUCUCCACAUUAUGUACACAAUGUGUUUGAACCGGUCUGUUAGUGUCAACCAAGGUCAGAGGCAAACUACAUUUUAAAAGCACCGGAUUUAAAUUGAAACCUCACACUGUCAGUCAUGUUGUAGGAAUAACAUUUUAAAUAUAAAUCUAAUUUUAAAAGUACUAUUUUAAUUUACACUCAGGUACAUGAUAACACAUAAAUAUCAGCACUGUUUUCCCUCCUCUGGCCGACUCCUCAGCUCUGAGUUGCUUUUUGUGAACAGCAGAGGGUGCUCACGUUCACAGAAGGACUUCAUUGAAGGUUCCUUUAGCUGAAAUUCUAGUUCUAGAAGUAAAACAAAUAUGUUUGGCUCAGUUUAUUUUGUAGGAUUUUUCAAAAACCAAACACUAGAGAGAUAAACUAUGACGGGAAUAUGCGCUUGAAUUAAAGGAUAAGUUCACUGUUUUUUUUUCCAGUCUAUAUUUAACACACAGACCUUCAUGUACUUCGAUGUUCAUACUGAUCAUUAGAGUUACAACAAUUAAUCGAUAAGCUGUCUGCUACUAAAUUAACCUCAUACUAUUCUCAUAUUUAAUUAACUGGUUUAAGUCAUUUUUAAGAAAAAAAAAUCUAAAUUCUGUGAUUCCAGCUUCCUAAAAUUGAAUAUUCUCUGGUAAGGAUUUAAUACUAAAAAGACUUAAACUAAAUUUUUCCACUUAAUCUUUCGAGCUGGGACAAACUUAAUUUAGGAACGCAUUUCUAAUUGACCAGUACAGACAGAAUGAACUAUUAAAGCAACCAAAAACUGUUUGACUGUACAUUUGGGUGCAUUUGUUUUAAGACAGACUUGUAAAAAUGAACCUAUCUUUAAAACCACUGGAGACUGCACACAGCUAUUCCCGUUUUCACAUCUUCGCUUACGUGUAUCACUAUUGUUUUAGUCCAAACUGCGUGUGAAUGUUAAUAUAAGUUUAAAGAACAGCUGAUGUAGAUUUGCUGCUUAAUAAUCCUGUUACUAAAGACAGUUGUUCGUGCCCAUUUGCGAUGCAGCACAUAAUGAAGUGCAGGUGGAGGUCACUGCAGGAUGGAUAGCUUCGACUAGAAAUGAGAAAUAUCAUAGAUGGACAUUAAACCUGUAUCGGAACAUGUCUGGAUUGAAGCCAAGCGGGUGUAGAGCUGACCUCUUUGCAUCACAGCACUGUCAGCGUGCUUAUUAUUAACAAAUCAGAGGGAAACGAAACAAUAGCGGUGUGGCUUGAAGCAAUUAAUUCACUUGGGGAACCCUGUGCAAUAGACAUUUUAGCGUUGUGAUCUUGAUGUGCACUCUUGUAAUACGUGCGGUUGUUUUACUGGAUUUCUUUUAUUCAUCUGAACUCCCUGAAGCAAAAAAAAAAAGGGAUGAAUCACACAAUGCUGCCUCUUUUCUAACUAACUCCAGUUAAUUAAGAUGAGCAUUAUUUGUUCUGAAGAAGUUUACUUUUUCCCAGAUCUGUGAGCCUUACUUAACUCCAACUGGUACAACGUGUGUGUAAGAUGGCUGCAGUCGUUGUUUUCACACUACUGCUGUUUGUGCUUCUAAUUAAUUUCGCUGCAUUCAAAAGGGACCCAGAGUUUAUUGUGGUAUUUAACAUAGAAAUGACAUUUUUGUUCUUCGUGGCGUAGCUUCCAGGUGAGCCGAUGGUGUCACGUCUACUGCAGCGGGUGGAUUGUAAUGUACUGGGUUUUGUUUUCUUUCUACACUGUACAUGACUGCAGGUAUUUCUGUUGUUUCUUUUAAAAAGUUUUCUUUUUUUAAAGGAAUGUUGAAAAGCAAAGCCCCCUUUCAAAUGAGACCUCUUUUUUUUUUUUUAGAACAUGGAUCUACAAGGGUAAUGCAGACAUCCUGAGUGAUGCAUCCAUGUAAAUAUGCAAAGUAUAACCUUAUUUUAUUUCAAAUAAAUAGUUUUUCUUCCUUACUGUG